UGAAAAAAUUCACAGAGACAUAUGGUGGCGCUAUAGGAUAAGAUGAAACAGUGCAUAGCCAGCCCUGUGGGCUCCACUAUCCAGAAGACCAGAGAACAGCCAAUCCGUUGAGAAGGGAGGUAUUACAGGAGCUUUACGGACAAAGCUGUUAAGGGAUUUUCAAUAGAAAAAUCAGAAAUUCCUCUAUCAAAAUUGGGACCAAAUUCAAUAUUUGCAACAAAAGAGAUUGCCUGAAGGAACUAUGGGAGCCAGAAGGAUGAUGAUUCUGCAGGAAAGGCAAGUCUUGGUUUUCUUUGUUUUGCUGGGAUUGUGUAGGGCAAGUACUGAGUCUUUGCACUAUUCUGUAGCAGAGGAAACAGAAAUUGGCUCUUUUGUGACUAAUCUGGCAAAGGAUCUGGGGCUGGGAGUAGCGGAGCUGUCCUCCAGGGAGGCCAGAAUAGUGUCAGAUGAUAAUAAAAAGCGAUUACACCUUAAUUUGCUGACGGGAGAUAUGCUCCUGAGUGGGAGGCUGGACCGGGAAGAGCUGUGUGGCUCCUCCCAGCCCUGUGUGCUGCCUUUUCAGGUGGUACUGGAAAACCCUUUACAGUUUUAUCGAGCAGAGCUGCAUGUCAGAGAUAUAAAUGAUCACUCCCCCACAUUCCUGGACAAGGAAAUAUCUAUUAAAAUAUCAGAAAGUGCAACGAUCGGAGCCACGUUCUUAAUUGAGAACGCACAAGAUCUGGACAUAGGAAGCAACGGUCUCCAGGACUACACCAUUAGUCCCAAUUCUCAUUUCUAUGUUAAAAUUCACGACAGUGGUGAUGGAAAGAUAUAUCCGGAGCUGGUUCUAGACAGAGCUUUAGAUCAUGAGGAGGAAUCUGAGCUGAGAUUGACACUUACAGCCCUGGAUGGUGGGUCUCCACCCAGGUCUGGUACAACAUCGGUUCUCAUAAAUGUUAUGGAUAUCAAUGACAACGCUCCUGAGUUUGCUCAGAGUUUCUAUGAGGUGCAAGUUCCAGAGAACACGCCUGUCGGUUCGAGUAUUAUUGCUAUCACUGCUACAGAUUUAGAUAUAGGAAAUUAUGGGAAAAUAUCAUAUUCAUUUUUGCAUGCUUCAGAAGGUAUUAGAAAAACCUUUAAAAUCAACCCAACAUCUGGGGAAGUCAACUUGAGAUCAUUACUGGAUUUUGAAGUAAUACAGUCCUACUCUGUAAAUAUCCAAGCAACAGAUGGUGGAGGUCUUUCAGCAAAAUGCACUCUUUUAGUUAAAGUAUUGGAUAUAAACGACAAUGCACCAGAAGUGAUCAUAUCAUCGAUUACAAAGACAGUUCCAGAGAAUGCUUCAGAGACCCUGGUCGCUCUUUUCAGUGUCCGAGAUCAAGAUUCUGGGGACAAUGGAAGGAUCCUUUGCUCUAUUCAGGACGACCUUCCAUUUAUCCUGAAACCCACCUUCAAGAACUUUUUCACUCUCCUUUCUGAAAAAGCACUGGACAGAGAGAGCAGAGCUGAGUACAACAUCACCAUCACAGUCAGCGACAUGGGCACACCCAGGCUCACAACCCAGCACAUCAUAACAGUGCUGGUCUCUGACGUCAACGACAAUGCCCCCGCCUUCACACAAACCUCCUACACCCUGUUUGUCCAAGAAAACAACAGCCCCGCCCUGCACAUAGGCACCAUCAGUGCCACAGACUCAGACUCAGGCUCCAAUGCUCACAUCACCUACUCGCUGCUGCCAACCCACGACCCGCAGCUGGAUCUCUCCUCUCUCAUCUCCAUCAAUGCCGACAAUGGGCAGCUGUUCGCACUCAGAGCGCUGGACUAUGAGGUUCUGAAGACCUUCGAGUUCCAAGUGAGUGCCACAGACCAAGGCUCGCCUGCGCUCAGCAGCCAGGCGCUGGUGCACGUCCACGUGCUAGACGCCAACGACAAUGCGCCCUUCGUGCUCUACCCACUGCAGAACGCCUCUGCGCCCUUCACAGAGCUGCUGCCCAGGGCGGCGGAACCUGGUUAUCUGGUCACCAAAGUAGUGGCCAUAGACAGUGACUCUGGCCAGAAUGCCUGGCUAUCGUUCCAGCUACUCAAGGUCACGGAACCAGGGCUGUUCAGCGUGUGGGCUCACAAUGGCGAGGUGCGCACCUCCAGACUGCUGAGUGAGCGCGAUGCGCCCAAGCACAGGCUGCUGCUGCUGGUCAAGGACAAUGGCGAUCCUCCAAGGUCUGCCAGUGUCACUCUGCAUGUGUUGGUGGUGGAUGGCUUCUCUCAGCCCUACCUGCCUCUGCCUGAGGUGGCGCGCGACUCCACCCAGGACGAGGAUGCGCUCACGCUGUACCUAGUCAUUGCCUUGGCAUCUGUGUCUUCGCUCUUUCUCUUGUCUGUGCUUCUGUUCGUGGGGGUGAGGCUGUGCAGGAGGGCCAGGGCGUCCACUCUGGGUGACUACUCUGUGCCUGAGGGACACUUUUCUGGCCACCUGGUUGACAUCAGCGGUACGGGGACUCUGUCUCAGAGCUAUCAGUAUGAGGUGUGUCUGACGGGAGGUACUGGGACAAAUGAGUUUAAAUUCCUGAAGCCAGCCAUCCCCAGUCUUCAACUCCACAAUGCUGGUUCUAAUAUGCAGGAAAAGGAGAAUUUUCGGAAUAGUCUUGGAUUUAAUAUCCAAUAAAAUCUCCUUUAAACUCUGAA